CCACGCCCCAAAUCGGAAGUGACGGAGACGAGCAAGCGCGUCGAAGAUACCUCUAUGGUUUUCCUCCCGUGCUUGAGUCGGGAAAUGGCCGCUGUGUAGUUACAACGGAGAUAAGUCCUGGGAACCGUAUUUCGGCGUGGCAGGAAUUUGAAUUUAGAGUUUAAUUUCUCAGAACAUUCUCUCCAGGAAGAGUUUUACAAUAUCUCAAAAACUUCACUUGACUGCUUGAUCCCGAAUAAAACCCAAGGAGAAGAGAAAUGGGUCGCUCCAAUUCUAGAUCACAUUCUUCAAGAUCAAAGUCUAGAUCACAGUCUAGUUCUCGAUCAAGAUCAAGAUCACACUCUAGAAAGAAGAGAUACAGUUCUAGGUCUCGAUCCAGGACAUAUUCAAGAUCUCGUAGUAGAGAUCGUAUUUAUUCUAGAGAUUACCGCCGAGAUUACAGAAAUAAUAGAGGAAUGAGACGACCUUAUGGGUACAGAGGAAGGGGUAGAGGGUAUUAUCAAGGAGGAGGAGGUAGAUAUCAUCGAGGUGGAUAUAGACCUGUCUGGAAUAGAAGACACUCUAGGAGUCCUAGACGAGGUCGUUCACGUUCCAGGAGUCCAAAAAGAAGAUCCGUUUCUUCUCAAAGAUCCCGAAGCAGAUCUCGCCGGUCAUACAGAUCCUCUAGGUCUCCACGAUCAUCCUCUUCUCGUUCUUCAUCCCCGUAUAGCAAAUCUCCUGUCUCUAAAAGACGAGGGUCUCAGGAAAAACAAACCAAAAAAGCCGAAGGGGAGCCCCAAGAAGAGAGUCCUUUGAAAAAUAAAUCACAGGAAGAACCGAAAGAUACAUUUGAACAUGACCCGUCUGAAUCUAUCGAUGAGUUUAAUAAAUCAUCAGCCACAUCUGGUGAUAUUUGGCCUGGCCUUUCAGCUUAUGAUAAUAGUCCCAGAUCACCCCAUAGCCCAUCACCUAUUGCUACACCACCUAGUCAGAGUUCAUCUUGCUCUGAUGCCCCCAUGCUCAGUACAGUCCACUCUGCAAAGAACACCCCCUCUCAGCAUUCACAUUCCAUUCAGCAUAGUCCUGAAAGGUCCAGGUCUGGUUCUGUUGGAAAUGGAUCUAGUCGAUACAGUCCUUCUCAGAAUAGUCCAAUUCAUCACAUACCAUCACGAAGAAGCCCUGCAAAGACAAUCACACCACAAAAUGCUCCACGAGAUGAGGCUAGGGGACGUUCCUCAUUUUAUCCUGAUGGUGGCGAUCAGGACACUGCAAAGACAGGAAAAUUCUUGAAAAGGUUCACAGAUGAAGAGUCUAGAGUAUUCCUGCUUGAUAGGGGUAAUACCAGGGAUAAAGAGGCUCCAAAGGAGAAAGGAUCAGAGAAAGGGAGGGCAGAGGGAGAAUGGGAAGAUCAGGAAGCUCUAGAUUACUUCAGUGAUAAAGAGUCUGGAAAACAAAAAUUUAAUGAUUCGGAAGGGGAUGACACAGAGGAGACAGAGGAUUAUAGACAGUUCAGGAAGUCAGUUCUUGCAGAUCAGGGUAAAAAUUUUGCUACUACGUCUCACCGGAAUACUGAGGAGGAAGGAUCCAAGUACAAGUCCAAAGUAUCAUUGAAAGGCAAUAGAGAAAGUGAUGGAUUUAGAGAAGAAAAAAAUUAUAAACUUAAAGAGACUGGAUAUGUAGUGGAAAGGCCUAGCACUACAAAAGAGAAGCACAAAGAAGACGACAAAAAUUCUGAGAGAAUAACAGUGAAGAAAGAAACUCAGUCACCUGAGCAGGUAAAGUCUGAAAAGCUCAAAGACCUCUUUGAUUACAGUCCCCCUCUACACAAGAAUCUGGAUGCACGAGAGAAAUCUACCUUCAGAGAGGAGAGCCCACUUAGGAUCAAAAUGAUAGCCAGUGAUUCUCAUCGUCCUGAAGUCAAACUCAAAAUGGCACCUGUUCCUCUUGAUGAUUCUAACAGACCUGCUUCCUUGACUAAAGACAGGCUACUUGCUAGUACACUUGUCCAUUCUGUCAAGAAGGAGCAAGAAUUCCGAUCCAUCUUUGACCACAUUAAGUUGCCACAGGCCAGCAAAAGCACUUCAGAGUCAUUUAUUCAACACAUUGUGUCCUUGGUUCAUCAUGUUAAAGAGCAAUACUUCAAAUCAGCUGCAAUGACCCUAAACGAGAGAUUCACUUCGUAUCAGAAAGCCACAGAAGAACAUAGUACCCGGCAAAAGAGCCCUGAGAUACAUAGGAGAAUUGACAUCUCUCCAAGUGCCCUGAGGAAGCAUACCCGUUUAGCGGGGGAAGAGAGAGUUUUUAAAGAAGAAAAUCAAAAGGGAGAUAAAAAAUUAAGGUGUGAUUCUGCUGACCUUCGGCAUGACAUUGAUCGUCGGAGAAAAGAAAGAAGUAAAGAACGGGGGGAUUCCAAGGGCUCCAGGGAAUCCAGUGGAUCAAGAAAGCAAGAAAAAACUCCAAAAGAUUACAAGGAAUACAAAUCUUACAAAGAUGACAGUAAACAUAAAAGUAGAGAGCAGGAUCAUUCUCGAUCUUCAUCCUCUUCAGCAUCACCUUCUUCUCCCAGUUCUCGAGAAGAAAAGGAGAGUAAGAAGGAAAGAGAAGAAGAAUUUAAAACUCACCAUGAACUGAAAGAAUACUCCGGCUUUGCAGGAGUUAGCCGACCACGAGGAACCUUUUUUCGAAUUAGAGGCAGAGGAAGAGCCAGAGGAGUUUUUGCUGGGACAAAUACUGGUCCAAACAACUCAAAUACUACUUUUCAAAAGAGACCGAAGGAAGAGGAAUGGGAUCCAGAAUAUACCCCAAAGAGCAAGAAGUACUUCUUGCAUGAUGACAGAGAUGAUGGUGUGGAUUAUUGGGCCAAAAGAGGAAGAGGUCGUGGUACUUUUCAGCGUGGCAGAGGGCGCUUUAACUUCAAAAAAUCAGGUAGCAGUCCAAAAUGGACUCAUGACAAAUACCAAGGGGAUGGGAUUGUUGAAGAUGAAGAAGAGACCAUGGAAAAUAAUGAAGAGAAGAAGGACAGACGCAAAGAAGAAAAGGAAUAAUAAAUCUGAAAGAUUGCAACAGAGAACAGAACUUGCACCCACCAUUUUUUUACAUAAUUUUUGUUUUCAAAUAAGAAUGUAAGCAUUUUACUUAAAUUUUACUGUUUGCAAGUAGUCUAGAGAAAUUUUGUUUUAAGUCUUCAAAUAUCUUGAAAAAUAGUAGACUGUAUGUUGAAAAUUGUACUGAAAUAAAGUAGAAAAUUGUUACGUACCAUAUUUGUAACUAUCAACUUUUAAAAAAAUACUUUUACUGUUUUUGUUACAUGCAUUGUAAUUCUGCUUUGUCUAUAAGAUACGGUCAAGUACAGAUCUGUGAAAGUUCUGAUUCUCUUCCCUCCCUGUUUGUUAAUGUUUAUUCUGAAGUAAACGUUAGCUCUACAUACAAAUCCCUGAACAGCAGUUGUUUAUAAAGACCACACUAAUUAUUUCAGUCAUAUACAUGUUUAACAUCCUCCUUCAUUCACACUACAUUGUAGGGUGACUAAUUUUUGAAGUGUACCAUGGAAAAAGUUGUUACUUUGGUAAACUCUGCUAAUAUAUCACCUCAGCAAAUGUUUAAAAAGAAAAGCUUCGCCAGUAGCUAAAAAGUACAAGCUAUUAAAAGUUAAAUUGAGAAGUAUACUUUUUUUUUUUUUUAACUCAAAGCAUUGGCCUACAAAAACCAUUCUUAUGUUUUAUUAUUAUUUGGGUUCAAAAUUCAAUGUUCUUUUUAUAUUCUUAUUUGAAAGUUUGAGUCAUGGUCUUGGAAUCAGCUAUUCUUUGAGAGAGGAAAUUGGUUUGUAGUAAUACAAAUAAAAAGCCCAUUCUUAGCAAGCGUCUUAUUUAAAAAAAAAAAAAAAGCAAAACCUGUAAUCCUGGGGUUGGUGUGGAAGAGGAUUAUUCUGCAGAAUAACUUGAUACGUUAAAAAGAUGUGUACCUGAUGUCAUGUCUUACAUAUUUAUUUGAGCUUUUGAACAGCUGAAUCAUUACUUUGUAGUCUAACCAUAUGGAAAAAUAGGUGAACAGAAUAUACCGUUCGUCAUUAGUAUUUUAAGUAACUUGUUUUUCAAAUGUCACUAAUAAAAAUAUUUGACAGGAAAUUUGUUACAGCAUUGAUCUAACUUGUUUCUUAUUUUUUCCAUAUUUCAGUUGAAGUGUGUAAAAUGGGUUUUUCUUUUUCUUCCCAAGGGUUGUAUUUUUUCUGAAAGAUAGUCUUUCAGACGUGAAUUACCUUUAUGUUUAUGCUGAUAUCUCUUAAAAGGAAUGAAAAUUGGAAAUAGUAAAUUUCAGUGUAAAGUCUGUCUGCUCUGAGCAUAUAUAAAAGUAGUCAAAUUUCACUUGUUAAUUCAGCAGCCGAAUUAGUUGUAUAUGUUUGCAUUAAAAGGAGAUAAUGCUUACUCUGUUAAACUUUUAAACAUCUUAAGUGUAUGGCUUUUUUUUUUUUAUCUUCACUGAUGAUUUGCGAUGCUUCUAGCACCUUGAUUACAGUCAGGGGCAUUAGUUAAGAGCUUUAAGAGGGAAAAAUAGAAAACAAAACUCAACAUAUGUGAUGUUUAUGGCCCUAAGAUCCUUAAAUAUUGCAUGAUUUCUCCUAUAUUGUCUUUCUGAAAUUGUUAGAGAAGAGGAUAUCCUGUCAAAACAAGUAUGUUUUGCAUUAAUCAGAAGAUAACUAAUAUUCUAAUCAGAAUAAUACUUAAUAACACACUAAAGCAACAUGGGUUUGAUCUCCAAUACAGAAUUUUCACAACCAUUUUCUAUUAUACAAAUAAAUUUUAGCUUUUAUUCGAACAGUUAUUUUGUUAGAUACUGAAUCUCUGUAUGACUAUAGACAGUUUUGCUUUUUCACCUAAGACAACAGGAAAAGGGAAUUGACUGAGAAAUUAUUUAAUAGAGAAUGGGAUUAAAGCUACCUAAGUCCUAUCAUCAGCAGGUUAUGUUUUAAGAGUAAAUGUGUUAUUUUAACCCAAAUAUAUACAUGAUUUGGUUACUUUUGUUAAGUAAAACUGAGGAAAGAGUAUCCCACAGAAUAUAGUAGGAAGGGUGAUUGUGAAAACACUGCAGUAGAAUGCUGUAGUGGAUGUUACCUUUUAUUAGAGGUAAGCAUAUAAAGAACCAAGCAUAUAAAGAGGAGCCUGUGUGAAUUUUUUAAAACCACAGUUGAACUCCAUACUUCCUGACACGUUAUAAAAAGGUAAAUGGUUCCUCUUGCCAGAAAAUAGCAACUCUUUGAUAACCUCUUAACAGACUUCCUUUGCCUAGAGAAGGAAAGUAAAAAUGAACCCAAGGAUAUUUCCAGAAAGGAUUAAGAAAGCUGUUUAAGAAGGCCAUGACUCAGUCCUUAGGUGUGUAUACCUUUCAACAUUCUAGAAAUUUUAAUAUUAAAAGUAAAGUUUGUUUUUCCAAUUGCAGCCUACGUUAAAGAAUUAUUAUUGUUCCCUUUUGUCACAGUUAAAAUCAAGUGUUGGGAAUUCAUUUAUAAUUUGAGUAAAAGUAUACCCAAUAAGAAUUAAUGUAGAUGGCUAAACGAUUCUUACUCAGUGUGAUGUAUAAUGCAACAGGGACCCUUGUAAAUUGUCAUAUGCCAAUAAAAUGUCAUAAGUGGUA